CCACCGCUGGUGGUGUAAGUGGUGACCCACAAAUGGAUUGGUGACUUGUGUAAAGUGCGUGACGGAUAGUGUCCAAAAUGACUGUAUUACUUUACAUUGUCGCCUUCGCGCUGGUGGGGCAGGCGAGAGGACUAGUCGAACUGAACUGCAGUGAUAAUUCCACAUGUAUAGACAACAUGGUUAGGGAGUUUGUUAGGAGUAUACGGGAGCAGAAGGCGGUUAGGCUGUUCGAUACGUUUACUAUAGAGCCGUUGGGUAAUGUGCGGCAGGCGAGGGCGUAUAAGGAUCCCUUGACAAGGCUGCUAGCGAGCCACGCUAUCAGCUUCGACUGGAACGACUUUACGUUUACAUUCUCCAACACGCAGGACAAGAGUGACGCCUUGGACCUGGAGGUGUAUGAGAGCAGAACUGCUAAAGAUGUUUCGGAUGAAGCUCCGAAGAAAUCAAACAGCAAGGUAGAAGAAGAGAAACCACAGGACAAAACACCCAAACGAAUUAGAAGGCGACAUAAACGCAAAGUGAUGCAAGCCGUGAUCCCCCUGCUAUUUGGUAUGAAGUCGGCAGCAAUAGCAAUAUUCUCGCUUGCGGUGGUCGCAGUCAUUACGAUAAAGGCUUUCUUAGCGAGCAAGCUAGCUUUGCUAGUCACCGUUGGAAUGGCUGCUAAGAAACUGUAUGAGAACUACACUGGCGGUGCCGGUUUGCAAAACCAUCCGUAUCUAUACUCACAAUACCCGAUAGACUUUCCAAGCGCCUCGUCGCACGCAUACUCCGUUAGCGGAGUGAGCCCACAGUUCGGUUCAUCAGAAAUGUUCAGUCCCACCGGGCUGGGAUCGCAAUCGCAUACCCACGAAAUACUUCAAACGAACGACCCCAGCGCUCAGCAGUCGCAGCAGGCGCCCGCCGUAGUAGCUAACGCGACGCGGGCAGCAGAAAGAUGGGAUGGGUACCGGAGACGUCCAAUAUUUUAUGGAAGCUCGCGCGCUACUUCAGAUUCUUAUUUGGCCUCCCACCGCCGCCGCUAAGCGCCUCCUCCAUGCCGAUGCCCCUGUAUACCUUACCUCAGAACAUGGCGGAACAACAUAACAUGCCAAUGUUUAACCCGUCCAUGUCAAUGCCGGCGAGUCAAUAACAGAAUUGGACAACAGGAUCGUAAAAUUGGGUCAAGUGGCGUCAUUUAGUUCCAACAAGCUAAAUGUCAGAUUACCACGUGGCUGCUUGAUCCGCUCAAUUUUAGACUUCAGUCUUAGCGUGGUGAUCUGACAUUUAGCAAAUGAACCAGCCGUAAUGUUUUAAAUUUCUGGACCUGAUUAUUGGUCAUUCUUGUUUCUUGUGUAAAUUGUUUAUUGUGUCCAGACAAUUUAAAGCAUUGCGAGCAGUUUUGUGUUAAGACUGAUUUAGUUGCUUGUUAACUUAACUGAAGUAUUUUUAAGCGCGAGCCCGUCGACUUUGUUAUGAGAUUAAAUAAGUUAUUUAUUUUAAGGUUAAGUUUUGUUAAGGCUUAUUUAUUCAGCACCUAGUGAAAUAAAUGUUGUUAAUUA